AGAAGUUAAAUUUUGCUUUAGUAUUAAAGGCCAUCUUCAUGCAUACAGGGUUCUUUCAGAUUCAGGUGAAAACACAAGUGCUAUUUGUCACAGCAAUCUGAGUGUGGCAACUGAGAUCAUCUCCUAAGAAGCAGCUGUGUCAUGAUAUGGCAGGCUUAAUUUCCAGGAGCAAACAAACUGGAGUCCUGGCUGCUCUUGACUUUUUGGGAGCUUGUAGGCGUCUGGGUGGUCCAUUAUGCACAGGCGCAGUUACUGGAGCGGGGGUCCAGACCCCAAGAGGGAACAGUUCAGGAGAUACUUGGAGAAAGCCGGUGUUGUUGAUAGUCUAACUAGUGUUCUAGUGUCAUUAUAUGAACAACCAGAAAAGCCCAACAAUGCUUUGGAAUUUGUCAAGCAGCACCUCGGUGCUGUUGGCCAGACUUCAGCAGAUACUGAAGCUCUGCAGCAAGAGGUGAUGGAUCUGAGGCAAAGGUGUGCACAUCUGGCAGAGGAAAAUAAAAACCUCAAAACAAGGCUGAAGCAUUAUGAAGCUGUAUCUGAAGAUGGAGGCACAGCUAACUAAACCCCAGCAGCACUUUUUGUCUUUUGUCACUUUAAAAUUUGAAGACGAGACAUCACUGUUAGGUGAAAACUAAGAAUUUUUAUGUUGCUAUACUGUUCUGGUCCUUUUGUAAACCUCAGUUUCCAAAUGACUUCUUUUGAUUUAACUUAUUCUGUACAUGAAUGUAUAUAUAUUUUGGUUUGUUUUUUUUCCUGGUUCAUUCAGUCUUUAGUGUAGCUUUAUUGCAGAAACUGCCUUUCAACAUGACCGGUUAGUUGUUAAUAGAUAGGAGUCAUUAUAAUUUACAAGAAUCUGGUGUAGGUGCACAAAAAUAUAGCACUUGU